GCUUCAGCAUGUCUGCAUCCAUGUGACUAGUAUUUAACUUUUGUAGAGUGGUUGGGUGCAGGGUGGGAGUCUGCACGCUUUAGGGGUACUGAUCCUCAUACUAAACGUGACUUGGUGUGUGAAGACUCCGGAAAUUAUUAGGUGGAACAGAAGCCACAUCGAUUUGGAGAGCUCUACGUCAGCCGAUGCUGGUUUGCGCAGCACGUUUGCUCCAUUUUUCUGCCCUGCGAGUGUCGAGUUUGCGGGACCCUCUCCGACGGACAGUGAGAGACACGGUACAGCGAGGCCUGAGAACCAUGGACCCCAGUGCCGUUUCCGAAGGUUCCAUGGGCACCGCGGAUUCUGAGCUGGACCCUAAUCUUGCAACAAGCACCACGCCCGCAGGAAUCCUGCCAGAGGGGGAUGCCAACGGCCCCGUUGACUCGGUGGAGGGAACCGAUCAAGACACUAAUACUGCGCUCUUGCCUGGGGAAACGGUAGUAAGAGAGGGCAGAGCAGCAAUCUUGUUUCCAAACGCCAAUGAAGUUUUCUACAACCCAGUUCAGGAAUUCAACAGAGAUCUGACCUGUGCUGUGAUCACCGAGUUUGCGAGGGAGCAGCUCUCCCUGAAGGGGGUUAAGGUGGCGGUGCCUGGAGAGCAGGAGCGGGUGGUGGUCUGUCUGGCGGAGGAGCCGGCACAGGAGCAAGUGGAGGAGCGGGUGAAGGAGGUCCAGAUCGCAAACGUGGGGGAACGCUGUGAGGGGGGGCUCCGGGUCCUGGAGGGUCUGGCCGCGUCGGGCCUUCGCUCGGUCCGCUUCGCCCUGGAGGUCCCGGGUCUGCGCAGCGUGACGGCCAACGACUGCUCUGCCCGCGCCGCCGUGCUCAUCGGCCGCAACGCCAAGCACAACGGCGUCUCGCACCUGAUGCAGGCCAGCCAGAGGGAUGCCAGCAUGCUGAUGUAUGAGGCGCGUGGCAGGAAGGAUCGCUAUGAUGUCAUCGACCUGGAUCCCUACGGCAGCCCUGCCCCCUUUGUGGACGGCGCCGUGCAGGCUGUCAGUGAGGGAGGGCUGCUGUGUGUGACGUGCACCGACAUGGCCGUCAUGGCGGGAAACUGCGGUGAGACGUGCUACAACAAGUAUGGCUCCGUGUCCAUCAAGGCCAAGUACUGCCACGAGAUGGCCCUACGUAUCAUCCUGCACAGCCUGGACCAGCGUGCCGGCGUUUACCAGCGUUACAUCGAGCCCUUGCUCUCCAUUAGCGUCGACUUCUACAUCCGGGUCUUCGUCCGUGUCUUCACCGGCCAAGCCAAGGCCAAGAACUCUGCCAGUAAACAGGCGCUGGUGUAUAACUGUGUUGGCUGUGGCUCCUUCAACCUGCAGCGGAUGGGCAAGCGCAUCAGCCAAGGAAAAAACAUGAAGUACACUGCGGCAACUGGACCCCCGGUCGGACCUAGCUGUGAGCACUGUGGCCAAAGGCAUCAGCUGGGAGGUCCUAUCUGGGCGGAGCCUAUCCACAAUGUCCAGUUUGUACAGAAAGUUCUGUCUGCCGUUUCGGGCAACCCCUCCCGCUUUGGGACGUCGCGGCGGAUCGAGGGCAUGCUGAGCAUGGUCACUGAGGAGUUGGAGGAUGUACCCCUGUACUACACCCUGGAUAAUUUGAGCAGCACGGUGCACUGCAACACGCCAUCACUGCUGCAGUUCAGGUCUGCCCUCCUCCACGCCGGCCACAGAGUCUCCCUCUCUCAUGCUUGCAAGAACGCCCUGAAGACGGACGCCCCCGGUGGCGUGAUCUGGGAUAUCAUGCGCUGCUGGGAGAAGAAGCACCCCGUGAAGAGGGAGAAGCUGUCGGAGACCAGCCCCGCCUUUCGUAUUCUGUCCACGGAACCCUCUGUACAGGCAUGCUUCGACGUGCGUGAUGAUGCCAAUCCCCAGUCGCGACGGCGGCAGCUGGUACGUUUCCAGGAGAACCCGCAUGCCAACUGGGGGCCCAAGGCCCGCGCCAAGGCCGGGGGCGGGAACAGCGAGCUGGAGGACCGGCGGAAGCAGCAGCAGAACAAGAGGAAGAAACCGGACAGGGAUGCGGCACAACUGAAGAGCUUCCCUUGCAAGAGGUUCAGAAAGGGCACGUGUCCCCGGGGCGACGAGUGCUGCUACUCCCACGAACCGGAGGAGGCAGAGAAGGAUGGGGAAAAGAUGGAGUGAAGUACCGCAUCCCCCCCCCUCCCCCUCCCGUGUGGCCGGAUCCUCAUCAUCCUGUCCCGGUGUCGAAUCGUAUGACAUUGUCCCAAGGCGCGGAAGGCCCAAAAUAGAAGCAGUAUGUCUAUUUUUAUUUUUUAUUUUAUUUUAAGAUUUAUUUGCCCAUUCUCGUUAGUAUUUAUAAGAAAAAUGUAGAUUUUAUUCGUUGAUUUCCUAAAGUGAAUUCAUGAAUGAGAUGGGAGACCCAGAUGAGGGUGGGCACCAGAAUUGAUGAUCUUGAGGGUGAUGGAUGUGCUUUUCGUAGUGGGUUGUUUUUGUGUUGGGGGACCGUUAUGACCAUGAAAUUAGGGCUUCCUUGAAACAUUCAGUUUCAACUGUGUUACUUUUGUCAGGAAUAGCAUUUUAUUCUGGUUGUACAUACUGUAUAUUAGGUUGAUUCAAGGCCAAUAAAAUCCAGAAUGUCUCCCUGA